AUGGAUUUAAAAAAUUUAGUUCUUGAACAAGAUAUUACCUCAUUUCAAUUUAAUCAAAGUGGAAUUCCUGAUGCAUUAAUCAGUUAUUUAUGUAAUGUCUCAGGCACGUCGCAACUACGUGGUAUUCGUUUAAAGCAUUUUGCUUCGGUUUUUAUGGGAUUGAACGAAGAUUCGUUGCAUGCUGACUCAAUUGGUGCUGAUAAUAAACGCCGUUACCCGUUUGAGUUAUUGGUUACAAAACUUACAAACACAAUUGGAACUAUGGAGCAAUUCCAAGGUGGGUUUGACUGA